AUGGGUGGCGGGCUGGCAGACAUAUACGGAGACGGCAUGGGUGGUCCGGCCCAAAAUCCCCCUAAACAUAAUCCAACCCCGCGCGCCCUGCCCCCUCCCCCCGAGCGCCGCCGCCGCCUGCCUGCGCGCCGCUGCCGCGCCGCCGCCUGCCCGCGUCGCACCCGCCCGCGCGGACCCGCCGGCCAACGCGCGCCCCCGGCCUGCCCCCGCGCCCCUGGCCUGACCCCGCUCGCGCGCCGCUGCGUGCCCGGUUGCCGGCGCCCGCGCGGAGCGGCCCGGCCUGGCCGCGCGCCGCCGCCUGCCCGCAGCCGCACGCCCACAGCCGCCCGCCACCGCACGGCCGCGCGUGCGCCCGCCUUGCCCGCGCGCCGCCGCCUGCCUGCCUGCACCCGCCCGCCCCCGCACGGCUGCGCGCGGCUCCGGCCUCCCCGCGCGCCCCCGCCGGCCUGCACCCGUCCGCCCUUCCCCGCACGGCUGCGCGCGCUCACGGCCUGCCCGCGCGCCGCCGCCUGCCCGCACGCCGGCGCCCGUUGUCACCCGCCCGCCAGUGCGCGCCCCUGCACACCCACGCGCGGCACCGUCUGCCCGUGCACGCCCGGACACCGCUCAGCCGCGCUGUGCAGGCCUGGUCCAGGAGCAUCGCCUCCCUCUGCAUAG